AUGUCGUCACAUCAUAAUACUCUCUCGUCUGUGAAUGACGGCGCAAGUGGGAGCGGUAUUAAUCAAAGUGGACAAAACGCUGAAGUGCCAAGCAACAAUGACCCCGAUAAGGAGCGAGAGGAUGAAAGUUCGGAUGAGGAUGACCCCUCAGUAGAACCCAGCAUCCUGGCUGAUGAUGAUGACGACGACGACGAUGAUGAUGACGGUGGUGCUGGUUCUAAGCGACGACGGCGUAAUGCUAAGUCAAGACCGCAAACUUGCAAACAAAAAUGCAAAGCCCUCAAGGAUAAAUGUGAUCACAUCAGGAGACAGUGGUUUGACGAGGUGAAUAACCUUAAGCGGCAACAUGCCAUAGAAGUACGGGACCUUAAGAAGAAGAUCAAGGACCUUGAGGAUGAGGUUAGACGCUUGAGCAGAUCCGGCGUAUUGACCUGGAAACCAUGGGAAAAUGACCUAUUCGCGUUUCUGGAAAGGUUCCGAAACCGUGAUCCCAAUGACAGCAUUAGAGAAGACCUUAAUGUAUACGACCCAAUCUACAAUAAUUCAUGCAGCCAGGGGAACAUGUCCCUCACGCUCACUCAUCCCGAUCUAAAUAUAGCAAACACUCUAUUCACUCCAGCACAAAUCGAGAGGCACUUUGCUGCUCAAGACGCUAUUCAACAGUUCCACGGCGAUGAUAAUGCAGGCCUCAACGCACCAUUUUCGUUUGAAAAACUCCCAAUCGCCGUGCAGUGUAAGAUUUGGCGACUCAUCGUGCCAAAUCAUGAGCUAAUACACUGUUUGUCUCGCCUGGAUUCUAAAAAUCCUCCCAUCGCCGAUUAUCUCAGUGGUAGAAGACGUAAAUAUCCCAGUCGAUUUCAUAUCGGUGAUGGUCUUUGCUAUGUUGCGCUGGCGGACAAACCUUCAACCCACUUAGAUUAUCUUUGCGUAUCUAGGCGCUGGCUCUAUGCACUAGCUCAUCUAUUCUAUGCAACGAACACGUUUGCCUUUAGCUCUCUUGGUGAACUGGGGCGUUUCUUUAAGGGGAUCGGCAGAGCACGUACUGAGCGAGUCGUCCACGUCGAACUAUUAUGGCAAGGUAGACUUACCCCCAGACAACCUACAGGCUCUAUUUCUCUGCGCAAGGAGCCUCUACAUAAUUUCAUGUUUACCAGUCGUCUACGUACGCUGGUAGUCCAUAUCGACGAAAGUGCGAAGUCUCGUAUGCGCCGCUCGUAUGAGAUGAAGCAGGAUGACGAUUACUAUAAAGACUUCGGGAGUGAGGAUUAUGAAGAGGAUGACAAGUACAUCUUUCAAAUGGAGACCCAGAGGACCGACCUACAAAUGAAUUACCGGAAAUAUCGAGGCAUGAGAACCGUCCAUGGAAUGGAUUUCAUAUACCAGCUCCGAGGCAUGAAAUGGGUGCGUUUCUACGACAUCCACGGUGCGCGACCUUGUACCUACAUUCGAGACAAGUCUUUCCUGCUGGAUAUCAAUAAUUCUGUGACGGAAAAGAAGAGCGACUCAAUGGCCCUCAAGUCCGAGAUUGAGAAUCUGCGGCCGCUCACUUCACUUAGUGAUUACUUCCCCGAUGAUCAGACUAUGGAGCUCGUUGCCAAAUUCUAUGACGAGACCACAGUCGAAAAUGUGUCCGUAGCCGGCUCAGACACGUCGUCAUCUGCUAGUUCAGAAGACUCAGACUCAGACUCUGAUGAUGACGAUGACUCUUCUGGAGAUUCCUCUGGUAACCGCUCGCGCCGCAAAACUGGUGGGUCUGACCCCGGAAGUGACAGCGAUGUCGAGGUCAUUGACAUCGAUAGCGAUGGAGACGAUGAUGAAGAUAGACCAGACGACUCCUUCGGGGUUCACAGUGAUGCAAACAGCCCAUCACGUUCAGGAUUCGACAAAAGACGUUAUAACAGCAGCAAUAUGGCCACCGUAGAGCCAGCUGUGAUAAUGAUCGAAGAUGACGAUGACGAUAGUCACAGGCGACACAGACGAAAUGGCACGGAUUACAGCACCAGCGACGGCUUGUUCGUUCGCUCAGGUUCAUGCACUGCCUAUACCGAUGAUGAUAGUGACGAAGUAACGGUUAUUUCAGCGCCACCUGGAUUUGUCGACCUUACUCUUGAUGAUGAUGAUGACGACAACGGCGAUAAUGGCAUAAAGAUAGACGACACUGAAAGUGACCAAGAGGAGGAGGAUGUUAAGCCAGACAUCAUCCUAGAUAACGACGACGACGACGACGAUGAUGAUGAUAGCAAUCGAAGCAUUAAACUGGAAGAAUCGAUAUACGAAACCCUUCAGGAUACGGCAAAUCCUGACAGCGACUCAAGCUCGGACAUGUCCCUGAAGCGCUCUGCAAGCGAAUACUACUUGGCCUAG